GUGCCGUGUCUAUGUAGCAGUGCAACAUGCUUGCUGUGCAGAUGCUGUCCCCAGAGCAAGAACUCCACGGUGACGCGAGUCAUCUACGCCUUCAUCCUGUUUCUAGGGACCAUUAUAGCCUGCAUCAUGUUGUCACCGGGAGUGGACGAGCAGCUAAAAAAGGUACGAGACGGGCCAAUCGAUGUGUUUCUCAAUAUGCAUACUACCAUACUCCACACUCUCAUGCUCCGAGUGCAUUCUCCGAGGACGUUCCUCUUGAGUCCGUUCUUGUGAGGGCGAGUGUGGAGAACGCAUAAAACAUUCCAUUUGAGAAGCACUCCCCCUACUGUAUUACCUCACACACAGCACCUCCCCAUUCACUGAACCUUCUUCCAGCCAGGACAAUGGCAAUAAAGACGAAACAAGAUAUACACAAAGCAAACGUUUUCUUCAUAACUAUCAGCUAGCUAUAUGUGAAUCGUAAUAAUGUAGUUAACCAGAUAGUUUAACAGGCAAAAAUGAAAAAGUAAUGUUAUGCAAGGUAAUGUCAAUUAUUUGUAACUAGCUAGCUAACAGUAGUUGCACAGAUAGAACAAUGGGUUAGUUAUAAAAAAAAAAUACAUUUGGUAGUAGUUAGCCAGUUGGCCCUAUUGACUUACGAUGUGAUUACGAUCUACGCACACUACAGUGGGUAUUGUAAGCUGGUAAACAUGCCAAAAUUAACACUGCAUGUAUUUUACUUUUUUCAAGAUACAAUAUUGUAGUCAGGUUACAUUAGAUUUGAUUGGGAAACAUUUAAUUCUGAAGUCAGUUUAUUUUCUCUCGCUUCAGCUCAAGUAAUGGCCGCCAUUUUAUGUCGAAGUGUUGAGACGUUUUUUUUAGUUGUUUGCAUCAUAUUACUGUUCGAUCAAAUCGUAUUUGUCACAUCCGCCGAAUACAACAGGUGUCAAUGCAUGCUUCGAAAUGUGUACGAGUGGAGUACGCAUCCGAGAAGUGCCCUCAUGCACCGACCCUCCCGUGCUCCAGAUUGCGUGCUCGGAGCACGCUAGUAUGCAUAUUGAGAAACACUGUGUGUGUGUGUGUGUGUGUGUGUGUGUGUGUGCGCAUGAGAUGAUGAGCCAUGAUGUGUCAUAGUAGAUGUUUGUGUACAUGGUGAAUGGUCAUUUGUUGCUUUAAUAAUGCUUGAAUACAUGGGGAGGCUAUUGGUGGGAAGAGUUAAGUCACACACAGUAUAAAACAGUAGGGGCCUACUCAGAGUUGCAACCUUACUGCAUAUUAAGGUUGCAUUAACAUUGCAAGUCUGUGUAUACUGUCAUUCUAAAUUGAAACAUUGACAUAUACUGGUAACUGACAAAAUAACGGAAACUCCAACAUAGUGUCUUAAUAGGGCGUUGAGCCACUAAGAACCACCAGAACAGCUUCAAUGCACCUUGGCAUAGAUUCUACAAGUGUCUGGAACUCUAUUGGAGGGAUGCGACACCAUUCUUCCACAAGAAAUGUAAUCAUUUGGUGUUUUGUUGAUGGUGGUGGAAAACGCUGUCUCUCCCAUAAGUGUUAAAUUGGGUUGAGAUCUGGUGACUAUGCUCCCUCUUUUAAAGUCACUGAGAUCUCUUCUUUUAAUCAUGGUAGCCAAAAUAAUGGUCUGCCCAGCAUUUUCAUACAUGACCCUAAGCAUGAUGGGAUGUUUUAAUUUCUUAAUUAACUCAGGAACCACACCUGUGUGGAAGCACAUGCUUUCAAUAUACAGUGGGGGAAAAAAGUAUUUAGUCAGCCACCAAUUGUGCAAGUUCUCCCACUUAAAAAGAUGAGAGAGGCCUGUAAUUUUCAUCAUAGGUACACGUCAACUAUGACAGACAAAUUGAGGAAAAAAAAUCCAGAAAAUCACAUUGUAGGAUUGUUAAUGAAUUUAUUUGCAAAUUAUGGUGGAAAAUAAGUAUUUGGUCACCUACAAACAAGCAAGAUUUCUGGCUCUCACAGACCUGUAACUUCUUCUUUAAGAGGCUCCUCUGUCCUCCACUCGUUACCUUUAUUAAUGGCACCUGUUUGAACUUGUUAUCAGUAUAAAAGACACCUGUCCACAACCUCAAACAGUCACACUCCAAACUCCACUAUGGCCAAGACCAAAGAGCUGUCAAAGGACACCAGAAACAAAAUUGUAGACCUGCACCAGGCUGGGAAGACAUAAUCUGCAAUAGGUAAGCAGCUUGGUUUGAAGAAAUCAACUGUGGGAGCAAUUAUUAGGAAAUGGAAGACAUACAAGACCACUGAUAAUCUCCCUCGAUCUGGGGCUCCACGCAAGAUCUCACCCCGUGGGGUCAAAAUGAUCACAAGAACGGUGAGCAAAAAUCCCAGAACCACACGGGGGGACCUAGUGAAUGACCUGCAGAGAGCUGGGACCAAAGUAACAAAGCCUACCAUCAGUAACACACUACGCCGCCAGGGACUCAAAUCCUGCAGUGCCAGACGUGUCCCCCUGCUUAAGCCAGUACAUGUCAAGGCCCGUCUGAAGUUUGCUAGAGUGCAUUUGGAUGAUCCAGAAGAGGAUUGGGAGAAUGUCAUAUGGUCAGAUGAAACCAAAAUAUAACUUUUUGGUAAAAACUCAACUCGUCGUGUUUGGAGGACAAAGAAUGCUGAGUUGCAUCCAAAGAACACCAUACCUACUGUGAAGCAUGGGGGUGGAAACAUCAUGCUUUGGGGCUGUUUUUCUGCAAAGGGACCAGGACGACUGAUCUGUGUAAAGGAAAGAAUGAAUGGGGCCAUGUAUCGUGAGAUUUUGAGUGAAAACCUCCUUCCAUCAGCAAGGGCAUUGAAGAUGAAACGUGGCUGGGUCUUUCAGCAUGACAAUGAUCCCAAACACACCGCCCGGGCAACGAAGGAGUGGCUUCGUAAGAAGCAUUUCAAGGUCCUGGAGUGGCCUAGCCAGUCUCCAGAUCUCAACCCCAUAGAAAAUCUUUGGAGGGAGUUGAAAGUCCGUAUUGCCCAGCGACAGCCCCAAAACGUCACUGCUCUAGAGGAGAUCUGCAUGGAGGAAUGGGCCAAAAUACCAGCAACAGUGUGUGAAAACCUUGUGAAGACUUACAGAAAAUGUUUGACCUGUGUCAUUGCCAACAAAGGGUAUAUAACAAAGUAUUGAGAAACUUUUGUUAUUGACCAGAUACUUAUUUUCCACCAUAAUUUGCAAAUAAAUUCAUUAAAAAUCCUACAAUGUGAUUUUCUGGAUUUUUUUUCUCAUUUUGUCUGUCAUAGUUGACGUGUACCUAUGAUGAAAAUUACAGGCCUCUCUCAUCUUUUUAAGUGGGAGAACUUGCACAAUUGGUGGCUGACUAAAUACUUUUUUUCCCCACUGUAUGUUGUAUCCCUCAUUUACUCAUGUUUCCUUUAUUUCUGCAGUUACCUGUAUAUUCAUUGCAAAUGGGAAAGUUGAAUGACUUUAUGGCAGUGUUAAUUCCGUCAACAAAAAUAGUGACUAAAAUAUUUGUCAAACACCUAUUCUUCCGUGGCAGUUGACGUGACUAUAACUGACUAAAUAGACACAGAAAAAACUAUAGCUAAACUAAAACUAUUUUUCAUUUCAGUUGACUAAAAACGAGACGAGACAAAAUGAUCUCUGUGACUAAAAUCUGACUACAAAGUGGACUGGAGAAGAGUUUUUGGCGAGAUUGAGAGCUUUUUAGUGAUAAGCACAAUUAAUACUAGCAGCACAGAUGCGCACCACAGUUGUGUUCAGCAGCAGGAAGGACGCUUCACGGCUCAGCCUCCGAUUUAUACACAUCACGCAGGUGACUCUUGCUUCACCUUAGCUAACCAGUCACCACCAGCCUUUUAAUUAAAUGCCCUUUGCCUGGUUAAGAAACACAAGCUGCUUUACGAAAUUAAAAACAGUAGCAGCAUUGAGUUUAGCUAUGUCUUUCUAUCUGGAACGUUGAUAACAAUGGCAAAGACGCGACCCGAGUGAAGGAGGUGCAACCCAUACUAUGUAUUUGCAGCAACAUCUGUCUUUCUUUUUUUCUUUUCUUUCUCGCGUACAAGGGAGGGAGGAGGGAGGGAGGGAGGAGGGAGGAGGGAGGGAGGGAGGGAGGGAGGGAGGGAGGAGGGAGGGAGGGGGGAGGGAGGAGGGAGGGAGGAGGGAGGGAGGGAGUGAGGGAGGGAGGGGAGGGCGGGAGGGGAGGGAGGGAGGGGGGCGGGAGGGAGGGAGGGAGGGAGGGAGGGGGGAGGGAGGGAGGGGCGGAGGGAGGGAGGGGGAGGGGAGGGGGGAGGGAGGGAGGGAGGGAGGGAGGGCUGGAGGGAGGGAGGGAGGGCGGGGGAGGAGGGGAGGGAGGGAGGGAGGGACGGGGCAGGGAGCGGAGGGAGGGAGGGGGGGAGGGAGGGAGGGAGGGAGGGAGGGGGGGGAGGGAGGGAGGGAGGGAGGGAGGAGGGAGGGAGGGAGGGAGGGAGGGAGGGAGGGAGGAGGGAGGGAGGGAGGAGGAGGGAGGGAGGGAGGGAGGGAGGGAGGAGGGGAGGGAGGGAGGGAUGGAGGGAGGGAGGGAGGGAGUGAGGGAGGGGGGAGGGAGGGAGGUAGGGAGGGAGGGAGGGAGGGAGGGAUGGAGGGAGGGAGGGAGGAGGGAGGGAGGAGUGCGGAGGAGGGAGGGAGGGAGGGAGGGAGGGCGGGGAGAGGGAGGAGGGAGGGAGGAGAGGUGGGAGGGAGGGAGUGGAGGGAGGGAGGGAUGGAGGGAGGGAGGGAGUCGGGAGGGAGGGAGGUAGGGAGGAUGGGGAGGGCGGGUAGGGGGUAUGGAGGGAGGGAGGGAGGGAGGGUUGUAGGAUGGAGUUAGGGCGGAGGGGGUGAGGAGGGAGGGUAGGGGGGGGAGGGGAGGGAGGUGAUUUCUUUCUUUCUGCUUCUGUUUUUUUGCUUUAUUUCUUUCUUUAUUUCUUUCUUUCUUUCUUUCUUUCUUCUUUCUUUCUUUCUUUCUUUCGUUCUUUCUUUCUUUCUUUUUUCUUUCUUUCUUCGUUUCUUUUCUUUCUUUGUAGACUGAAUUUACAUGGCCAGAUAAUUAUUCUAUAAUAUAUUAUUAUUGUGUAUGUUUGUCAUGUUUCUGCUGUUGGGAAGAGAAUAGGAUGUUAUGCAGAAAAAUAUAUUGGUAAGACAAGGCUAUGUAUUUUUGUGCACAUGGAAGUCAGUGAUUUAUGUUUACUAUACAGUACCAGUCAAAAGUUUGGACACACCUACUCAUUCAAGGGUUUUACUUUAUUUUUUACUAUUUUUUACAUUGUAAAAUAAUAGUGAAGACAUCAAAGCUAUGAAAUAACACAUAUGAAAUCAUGUAUUAACCAAAAAAGUGUUAAACAAAUCAAAAUCUAUUUUAUAUUUGAGAUUCUUCAAAUAGCCACCCUUUGCCUUGAUGACAGCUUUGCACACUGUUGACAUUCUCUCAACCAGCUUCAUGAGGUAGUCACCUGGAAUGCAUUUCAAUUAACAGGUGUGCCUUCUUAAAAGUUAAUUUGUGGAAUUUCUUUCCUCCUUAAUGCGUUUGAGCCAAUCAGUUGCGUUGUGACAAGGUGGAGGGGUAUACAGUAGAUGGCCCUAUUUGGUAAAAGACCAAGUCCAUAUUAUGGCAAGAACAGCUCAAAUAAGCAAAGAGAAACGACAGUCAAUCAUUACUUUAAGACAUGAAGGUCAGUCAAAAAUUGAAAAUUUCAAGAACUUUGAAUGUUUCUUCAAGUGCAGUCGCAAAAACCAUCAAGCGCUAUGAUGAAACUGGCUCUCAUGAGGACCGCCACAGGAAAGGAAGACCCAGAGUUACCUCUGCUGCAGAGGAUAAAUUCAUUAGAGUUACCAGCCUCAGAAAUUGCAGCCCAAAUAAAUGAUUCACAGAGUUCAAGUAACAGACACAUCUCAACAUCAACUGUUCAUAGGGGACUGUGUGAAUCAGGCCUUCAUGGUCGAAUUACUGCAAAGAAACCACUAGUAAAGGACACCAAUAAGAAGAAGAGACCUGCUUGGGCCAAGAAACACGAGCAAUGGACAUUAGACCGGUGGAAAUUUGUCCUUUGGUCUGGACUCCAAAUUUGAGAUUUUUGGUUCCAACCGCCGUGUCGUUGUGAGACACGGUUUGGGUGAACGGAUGAUCUCUGCGUGUGUAUUUCCCACCAUAAAGCAUGGAGGAGGUGUUAUGGUGUGGGAGUGCUUUGCUGGUGACACUGUCUGUGUGAUUUAUUUAGAAUUCAAGGCACACUUAACCAGCAUGGCUACCACAGCAUUCUGCAGUGAUACGCCAUCCCAUCUUGUUUGGACUUAGUGGGACUAUCAUUUGUUUUUCAACAGGACAAUGACCCAACACACCUCCAGGCUGUGUAAGGGCUAUGUUACCAAGAAGGAGUGCUGCAUCAGAUGACCUGGCCUCCACAAUCCCCCGACCUCAACCCAAUUGAGAUGGUUUGGGAUGAGUCGGACCGCAGAGUAAAGGAAAAGCAGCCAACAAGUGCUCAGCAUAUGUGGGAACUCCUUCAAGACUGUUAGAAAAGCAUUCCAGGUGAAGCUGGUUGAGAGAAUGCCAAGAAUUUGCAGAGCUGUCAUCAAGGCAAAGGGUGGCUAUUUGAAGAAUCUCAAAUAUAAAAUAUAUUUUGAUUUGUUUAACGCUUUUUUGGUUACUACAUGAUUCCAUAUGUGUUAUUUCAUAGUUUUGAUGUCUUCACUAUUAUUCUACAAUGUAGAACAUAGUAAAAAUAAGAAAAACCCUUGAAUGAGUACGUGUGUCCAAACUUUUGACCGGUACUGUAGGUUAAUGAGGCAAUACAAAUAUGAUGGGACUAAAAUUAAAGGGCAUUUAGUUGAUAAAAAAUGACCCACUGUUUUUGUCAUUUUGACCAUAACUAUACUAAAUCAUUAUUCAAAUGACAAAAAUGUGACUAACACUUAAUGAUAUGAGAGUCAAAAUGACUAAGACUAAACUAAAUGAACACUGCUGUAUGAAUGGUUAUAAUACUGUAUGUGAAAAGCUGACAUUUGUAGUAUAGUCACUCAUGAUAGUAGCCAAGUUGUUGUUGACUUCCAGUACCAAAGUGAAAAUGUUAGGUUAUUGAAUACAGAAUCAUGCAGCCAGGCUAUAGUAAUGCUGGUCUACUCUGUACAGUAGGUUAGACUGACCUGAAUGGUUUGUGCCAAUGUCCAUCUGUGCCUGUAGAUUCCUUGGUUCUGUGAAGGCGGAGCAGGCUCUUCUAUCCCAGGAAUCCAUGCCAACAUGAACUGUGGGAUCUUUGUGGGCUACAAAGCCGUGUACCGGGUUUGCUUCGGAAUGAGCAUGUGUUUCCUGGCGUUCGCUCUGAUUAUGAUCAAUGUCAAGAACAGCCGAGACCCGCGCUCCGCCAUCCACAACGGGUAACCAGCCAUCACAUGAUGCACCCCUUAAAAAAAUAUAUACAUAAAAUAAAAAUACUACAAGUAAAGGCCUACGUGUAAUACUACUUGUUUCUAUGCCAACUUUGACUUAAAAGUCAGUAUUAAGGUGAAUACCCUUUAUUAUUAUAAACUGAAAAUAACAUGUACACUGCUUGUAACUUAACUAAUGUCAUAAUGAGGUACUGGUAAGACACCCUUGUUUGUUGACAAUUUUCUUUCUGUCAUACAGUAUGACUAUCACACUGCUACACACACUGUCACAACAACCAAUGGCAAUAUUAAUGAAAUAAUCUCUUCCACAACAGGUCACUGAGCUAACGUGUUUUAGGCCGCCGUGCCUCUCUGAAACAGAGGAGAAUAACUGCACUAGAGUUUAUAGUAACAGCAAUACAGCAUAAGCCUAAUCAUGUACAGUGCACGCGGAAAGUAUUCAGACCACUUCCCUUUUUCCACAUUUUGUUACGUUACAGCCUUAUUCUAAAAUUGAUAAAAGUAUUUUUCCCCCUCAUCUAUCUACACACAAUACUCCAUUAUGACAAAGCGAAAACAGGUUUUUAGAAAUGUACAUAUUAAGCCUAUUCAUGUAUAUUUACUAGGUAUACCCUUGCAACAAAAUAACCAUAUGUGCAUUUUUUUUAAAUGCUCAUACUGUCAAUAUUAAAAAAUAUAUAUAUUUUAUCUGUACACCACAUCAAGUGCCAUUAUUGAAAGAUCAUGUCAUGUGAUCACACUUCUCUGUUUCAAUAAUACUUACUAUAAUACUAUUCGUUUUUUUAUUUCAUAUUUAUUUUCUGUACUUUCUAAUAAUGAUUCAUGAAGUCUAUCACAUUUUCUUUCAAAAUGCACAUAUGGUUCUUUGUCUGUUCGAUUCAGUUGACGAAUGACUUCCUUUCCCCCAUGCAGGUUUUGGUUCUUUAAGAUUGCCACCAUGGUUGCAGUGACAGUCGGUGCCUUUUAUAUCCCUGAGGGGCCUUUCACUCACUGUAAGAUUGACACAAUUUAAAUAAUGUGUCAUAGUUUAUGAUGCGAACGUUGAUAUUUGUGUAUUAAUUAUGAUUGAUCAAUGUAGCACUUGACCAUGCAUAGCAUGCACAAUCAGCAUAAACAUGAGUGAUAUACUAUUAAUGGUUGAUAUUACAAUUUAUUGUAAAUUGAAAUAUAGUAAUAACUUUCUACUUAGCCGUGCUUGUGGAUAGUUGAUGGUGUGUGUGUCUGUGUCUGUGUGUUGGUGUGUGCAGUGUGGUUCGUGGUGGGUAUCUCUGGGGCAUUCUUCUUCAUCCUGAUCCAGCUGAUUCUGAUGGUGGACUUUGCCCACUCCUGGAAUGAGUCCUGGGUGGACAACAUGGAAAGCGGGAACUCCAGGGGCUGGUACGCAGGUGAGUCUGCCUGACCCUCUGCUGGGGGAAGUCAAAUCAAAUCAAACUUGAUUUAAAAUCCACUUACAAUCGCAACACACUUAGUUAGCAGUAAAACACUAAAAUGAAAGAGAAGAAAAAGGUGGAAUAAAAGAGCAUCAACACAGUGUUUAUGAUUGGCCAAAUUAUUGUUGUUUUGAUCAUUAGAGAUGCUGAUGUGACAUUUAUUUGAAGUCCUGUUUUAGCAAGUAUUCACCUGGUACUUUUUAGUAAAGUAUGUGAUAUCAAUUCAAGCAGGUAAAUACAUGGUGAACUGUAACAUAAGGUCAGUUGUCAAUAGUGCUGACAGUAUAUAAUGCUCUACGACAGAAUCUGUCCUGCUUUAUCAAAACAAUGCAACUCGAAUCUGAUUCUCUCUAUCGUCUUCCGUCUAGCCUUGUUCGCUGUAACUGGACUCAACUACGUCAUGGCCUUCAUCGCCGUCGUCAUGAUGUACGUCUUCUACACGCAGUCAGAGGGCUGUCUGCUCAACAAGUUCUUCAUCAGCUUCAACAUGAUCCUCUGUGCCGUAGCCUCUGUCGUGUCCAUCCUGCCCAGAGUACAGGUGAGCCCUCGUUCAAGGUUCUUUCAAUGCUCCUUUAAAGUUCAUAUUCAUCAUUUCAUUCGUAGGUCAGUUUAGCAUUUGCCCCUGUAGUGGUUAAGGUUAGCAUUUGGGGGAGCGUAGGCUGAACCUAGAUCUGCUACAUUUUUAUGGUACGUUUUUGACAUUUUAACUGUAAUCAUAUGAGUGUGACCCAUCGGUGUAUUGAUUAUCUGGUAACUGCUGAGAUAAACUGCCUGCAGUGACGCCUCGAGGAUAAGGAUUGAAGUACAGCUUGAAAUACUUGUGGUUAAGAACAAAUCCAGGCCCUAAUUAUAACACACAUGCCUACCAGUGGCGGCUGGUGACUUUUGUAUAUUUAUUACAUGGAGGAUUUUUUUAUCCAUCCUCCCUUUCCUACCUGGAGAAACCUCCAAUGAUGCCUACUCAGAUGUCACUUUCAACAUGUUCAAGUUUCAAUGUUUAUUUGCCACGUGCACAGCAUACAACAGGUGUAAAACGGUACAAUGAAAUUCUUUCUUGAGAGCUCUUUCCCAACAAUGCAGUGAUAAUAAUUUAGAUAAGAGUUUCCAAUUUCGGUCCUAUGGCCUCCCAUGGGGUGCACGUUUUGGUUUUUGCCCUAGCACUACACAGCUGAUUUCAAAUAAUCAACUCAUCAUCAAGCGUUGAUUAUUUGAAUCAGCUGUGUGAUGCAAGGGCAAAAACUAAAACGUGCACCCAUUGGAGACCCCAGGACCGAGUUUGGGAAACCCUGAUAUACACUACCGGUCAAAAGUUUUAGAACACCUACUCAUUCAAGGGCUUUUCUUUAUUUUUACUAUUUUCUACAUUGUAGAAUAAUAGUGAAGAUAUCAAAACUAUGAAAUAAUGUAGUAACCAAAAAAGUGUUAAACAAAUCAAAAUAUAUUUUAUGUUUGAGAUUCUUCAAAUAGCCACCCUUUGCUUUGAUGACAGCUUUGCACACUCUUGGCAUUCUCUCAACCAGCUUCAUGAGGUAGUCACCUGGAAUGCAUUUCAAUUAACAGGUGUGCCUUCUUAAAAGUUAAUUUGUGGAAUGUCUUUCCUUCUUAAUGCGUUUGAGCCAAUCAGUUGUGUUGUGACAAGGUAGGGGGGGGUAUACAGAAGAUAGCCCUAUUUGGUAAAAGACCAAGUCCAUAUUAUGACAAGAACAGCUCAAAUAAGCAAAGAGAAACGACAGUCCAUCAUUACUUUAAGACAAGAAGGUCAGUCAAUACGGAACAUUUCAAGAACUUUGAACGUUUCUUCAAGUGCAGUCGCAAAAACCAUCAAGCGCUAUGAUGAAACUGGCUCUCAUGAGGACCGCCACAGGAAUGGAAGACCCAGAGUUACCUCUGCUGCAGAGGAUAAGUUCAUUAGAGUUACCAGCCUCAGAAAUUGCAGCCAAAAUAAAUGCUUCAGAGUUCAAGUAACAGAUACAUCUCAACAUCAACUGUUCAUAGGAGACUGUGAAUCAGGCAUUCAUGGUCGAAUUGCUGCAACGAAACCACUAUUAAAGGACACCAAUAAGAAGAAAAGACUUGCUUGGGCCAAGAAACACAAGCAAUGGACAUUAGACCGGUGGAAAUUUGUCCUUUGGUCUGGACUCCAAAUUUGAGAUUUUUGGUUCCAACCGCCGUGUCGUUGUGAGACGCGGUGUGGGUGAACGGAUGAUCUCUGCGUGUGUAUUUCCCACCAUAAAGCAUGGAGGAGGUGUUAUGGUGUGGGAGUGCUUUGCUGGUGACACUGUCUGUGUGAUUUAUUUAGAAUUCAAGGCACACUUAACCAGCAUGGCUACCACAGCAUUCUGCGGUGAUACGCCAUCCCAUCUGGUUUGGGCUUAGUGGGACUAUCAUUUGUUUUUCAACAGGAUAAUGACCCAACACACCUGCAGGCUGUGUAAGGGCUAUUUUACCAAGGAGAGUGAUGGAGUGCUGUAUCAGAUUACCUGGCCUCCACAAUCCCCUGACCUCAACCAAAUUGAGAUGAUUUGGGAUGAGUCGGACCACAGAGUGAAGGAAAAGCAGCCAACAAGUGCUCAGCAUAUGUGGGAACUCCUUCAAGACUGUUGGAAAAGCAUUCCAGGUGAAGCUGGUUGAGAGAAUGCCAAGAGUGUGCAAAGCUGUCAUCAAGUUAAAGGGUGGCUAUUUGAAGAAUCUCAAAUAUAUAUUUGUUUUAACACUUUUUUGGUUAAUACAUGAUUCCAUAUGUGUUAUUUCAUAGUUUUGAUGUCUUCACUAUUAUUCUACAAUGUAGAAAAUAGUAAAAAUGAAGAAAUAGUAAAAAUGAAGAAAAACCCUUGAAUGAGUAGGUGUUCUAAAACCUUUGACCUGUAGUGUAGAUAAUAAUAAAAAAAACAUUUUUGGUAUCCGUUUGUAAAUCACAGUUGUUUUGUUUAAUUAUUUUUAGAAUUUCCAUCCCCGAUCCGGUCUACUCCAGUCCUCCAUCAUGACCAUGUAUACCAUGUAUCUGACCUGGUCGGCCAUGAACAACGAGCCUGGUAAGAGAUACUGUUAUAGCUGCUGCCACAACAGCACUGCAUCCUUAUCUUGUUUCUCCUAAUGUUCAUUAUUAAUUCAUACUUCAUUAACCAAUAGUUUAAAUGCUUCUCUAUAUGACUAAUUACUGGGUACUAUCAAAUAAAUUCUUAAUUACAAACACGUACUUGCUUAAACUCUACAUUGCCUGAGCAAAUUGCAAAUUCACCUGUUCAGCUCAAGUCAAACUGAAAAGUCACCACCCCCUCCCAUGGAUUAAUGAUAUGAUUAUGAUUUACAACUAAUUAAAUAGUAUAUAAAAAUGAAAGGGAAAAAGUGGAAAUCUCAAUAUCGUUCAUUUUUUCCCCUGUUGGGCAACCACCCCCCGGUCCCCCUUUAGACCGGACAUGCAACCCCAGCCUGCUGAGCAUCUUCCAGCAGACACUGGUGCCCACACUGGCCCCAUUGGAGAUCGAGAACCAGACGGUCGUGGUGAUCAUCGGCACCGAGGAGCCCAUCCUGUCCUCCCCCUAUCUGCAAUGGUGGGACGCCCAGAGCAUCGUGGGAUUGGCCAUCUUCGUCCUCUGCAUCCUCUACUCCAGGUGUGAUUGGUCAGCAAGGCAGACCUGAGUACAGCUACAGCACAUCGUGGUUUGGGGAAUAGAAGAAAUGUACAUUUGUUGGUGCCUCACAGUAUUAGUGGAUGUGGGGACUCCCCCGUUCACAGAAUUAGAAUUUCAGUUUGCAGUUUGAGCACUGUGAAAAGCGCUAAUGCAAUCCACUUUGGUUAUAGUUUAUUAAAGCAUUACAAUAAUUAGAAAUACUUAUAAAUGCUUACAAAUGCUUUAUAUGUUAUGUUAUAAUUGCUUAUGAAAUUAUUAUAGUGCUUAUUAUAAUACUUAUAAAUGUGUACUUCCUUGCAGCAUCCGCUCGUCCAACACCAGCCAGGUGAACAAGUUAACCAUGGCCUCUAACGACAAGGUGAUCCUGGAGGAGAGUAAAGCAGGCACCCCGGACGAGGAGGAGGGAGGGACCGGGAGAAAGGGUCCCAGGCGUGUGGAGGACAACGAGAGGGACACGGUCCAGUACAACUAUUCCUUCUUCCACUUCAUGCUCUUCCUGGCUUCGCUCUACAUCAUGAUGACUCUCACCAACUGGUACAGGUCAGGAUGGCCAAACUAUACAGAUGACCAGCGUCAUGAAGUGCUGUGUCUGAAAACGUCACUAGCUGUUAAGUCCUUGCUUCCUCCGUCCUUGUUUCCUUAAUUCCCUUUGAAGGAUUUGAGGAGCCAAGGUCCCUCCCUCUGAGAUCCUCCUCCAAUUAGUUUUGAGGAAAUAAGGACGGAGAGAGCAAGGAUUGGACAGCUAGUGACACUCCCGUUGUUCAUAAUAUGUAUGUCAAAAAUGGGGAGGAACCACAACGUUCUGACACUAAAGAGGAACGACAUUCAUUGCACAUCGAUACAUGUUUGGCAUGUGUUCUUUUAUAGUUCAAUAUUUUAUAUUUCAACUCUGCACAACAGGAGACGGCUCCAUCUCUCUAAAAUGAAAGUGACCACAAAGCAACACAGAAAUGUUGCAACGCAACACUUAUACCAUGGAUAUUUCUCCUACCGAUUCACACCGUAACAAUUGUUCAGAUAUGACAAUAUAUAUAAAUCUUAUUUUUUUCCCCACACAGUCCUGAUGCAGACUACAAUGCCAUGACCAGCAAGUGGCCGGCGGUUUGGGUGAAGAUCAUCUCCAGUUGGGUGUGCCUUACCAUCUACACCUGGACGCUGGUCGCCCCCAUGAUACUCACCAACCGGGACUUUAGCUGA